AUGAUGAAAAACGCAUCUAUCCGCCCUGUUUACGAAUCAACCGGCACUACUUGUAAGAUUUCCAAUGUAAAAUUUGAAGUUGAUUCCGCUCCUGUUAAGAACGUGAAAGUACCUGAAAAGAACGAAAAUUCAUUACAAAGAAUGCCUAUUCUGCAUGGGGUUUCGCGCUUGUAUGAUCUCAGCAAUUUAAAAAGAAAAGCGAACCCGCAUGAGAUGGCAAAGAACAAAAGUUACGAGGUGGCAGAUUCCGCCCGUAAAGCAGAAGGAAACUGCAUGGAUUGGACUUAUUUUAACUUGUGCAAGUUUGUAGGGGAAUCAUGCAACGGGGUGAAAGAUCAGCAAAUUUUUGAUUUUGCCGAUACUCCUAAGGGCUUCACUGUCUUGGUGCAUGGUCACCACCAGGGCAGGGACAAGAAAAACGAAAACCAGGAGGCACAAGACUGGUUUGGUGAUUGGUCAAAAGAGCGGGAAAAGGGUCAAACAGAUCAAAACGGCGAAAAGUCCGCCGGCGCUGUUUCGUCUUUGACAUUUGCACUUUUGUCGAAGGGAAACGGGAAAAGCGCCCAUGGGAUUACCAUCCGCCCGGAUGGUACUCAAACAACGGCAGUUGUUGAAAGUGGUGCCUCGCACCACAUGACAGGGGACUUGAGUUGUUUUCAGAUUGUGUUUUGGGAUGAUCCAGUAACGUUAACGGUUGCCGACCGAACGUUAGACACUCCCGCCUACCGUGGUUACUUCCAACAUAACUCUUUAGGUUUAAUGGGUGGUCUAUACCAUCCUGACGAAAAGUUGUUUUUGGUGUCGGUAAGUCUUUUGAACGACGAAAAUGACUGCCGGGUAGUUUUUGAGGGGAGAGACGCGCUCUACCUCCAAAAGAAGAAAACAGGUUUCAAAAUUCCGAUGCGCCGGGACACUUUAACAAAUUUGCCGCAAAUAGACUUUGCGUUUCACAGCUUGAGCGAGCUGGAUACGGCUGGCGAUUUACAAAACGGAAAGAGCCGGGCCGCGUGGUCCGAGCCAGCAUUUGUGAAUCUGACUCGUGCCGAUCGUCUUCGACAACAUGAAAGGUUUGGGCACUUUCAUAUUGACGGUCUUGAAUAUGGACGCUGUCCGUUGUGUGACUUAGCGAAGUCGAGGCAAGAAGGGUGUAAGUCAGAACGUCCGGAGCACUGUAAGCCAAAGGCUUGGCUAGAUCAAGUGGAUUGGGAUCAUACCUACGGUUAUCCUUUGGGUCUUGAUGGGGAGAAAUUUCUUUUGUCAGGGGUGGAGACAUUCCAUGGCUGGGUAGAGAAUUAUCCUCACCGGGAAAAGGAUGAAGCGUGGAAAGGUCUGCGUGAGUGGUGUUUAGAAGUUGGAAAGCCCAAACGGGUGAGAAGCGAUAACGAUCCUACUUUUCGAGGCGAGAAAAGUGACUGGAGAAAGUCUUGCUUGAAGCAGAGUCCUCCGAUCGAGCCAACUACGUCUGCGCCGUUCACGCCGCAACGUAAUGGAGUCGUGGAACGGUGGAACCAAACUUCGAAAAAUGCCUUGCGGGCGAAUAUGAUCGGGGUUGAUCCUCGUCUUUGGCCAUAUUGUUCAAAGUAUAUAGCCUGGACUUGGAAUCGGUUAGCCCGGAAAGAGCAAAAGAGUCCAUUUGAAAAAGUUCACGAUCGCGCGCCUUCGCUCAAAUAUUUCAAGAAAUUCGGAGUCCUUUGCUAUGCUCGGAAACACGUUACGAAAUCGACGGACUUAGGUGCGCUCGAUGUUCGGUACGAACGUGGAGUAUUCUUGGGGUAUUCGAAAAAUUCCUGUUAUUUAGUGGGUGUUUGGCGUGACGACAAACGAACGAAAGUUGGGUUGAAGUUCACUGUGAUCGAAAAUAGAUCCUGCAAGUUUGACGAAUCUUGUACGAUCGCCGACAUUGACGAUCUUCGCGAAAAGAACCGUGGCACCUUUGUACCCUUUGCCGCACCCGACAAAUUGUGUGCGUCGAACAUGCCUGAUCCGUUGGUGGCUCCCUCGGGAAGUCAUGAGCCCGAUCAGGAUGCUCCGCGUGACCAGGGUGAUUCGGGGCCCAAUGGGGCUACUGGAGACCAGCAGGUCGAGGAAGGGGGCAAAGCAGUGGAAGGGGGCAAAGAGGAAAGUGCUGCGCAAGCAGAGGAAGAGGUAGUUACUCCCGAAGCGGAAGAGCUUGACGAACCUCCCGCCCGCCCAAAGCCCAAGGUCGUCAAGAAGAAAAGAAAGCAAAAGCCGAAGCCUGCAGUCGUUGUCAACAACAAAAAGGGUCGCCCGAAAGGUUCAAAGAACAAACCGGGAAGCAAAAAGCCAGGUCCUAAGCCAAAAGCAGCAGAAGCUGGAAACGUAUUUCAGUUGCCUGAUGAUUUUGACUUUGGUCGAGACUUGGACGAGUACCAUGCCAAGCGCAUUGAGGAAGAAGGUGAAGAAGUUUUUGCUCAUGUGGUGUCACUCACCAGAGCGCAGAUUCUUCGAGAUCCUGAUGCUCCGAAGUACAUAGAGGCCGACGAUGUUGAACGACUCAGACUUUUAGCAAAAGAGUGCUGGACAGUAGACGAGAAACCACAAAAAGGCGACGAAGUUGUGCCGUCGUGCGUGAUCUACACGAAGAAAAGAUGUGGAACAUACAAAGCGCGGCUGGUGGCACUGGGAAACUUACAGUCGAAAGAACUCUGUGGCGAAAUUUACAGUCCUACCAUUUCGCACGCAGCUAGUAGAGCCCUACUUGUUGACGCUGCUGCAAAUGGAAAACGGAUCAAAUUUUUCGACAUUUCAAAUGCGUUCAUUUGUGCGAGUUUAGGUGACGAGCGAGUUUUCGUGCGUCUUCCGAAGCACUGGAGCACUGAUCCGAGAGGUGAUGUCGUGCGCCUACUGAAGUCUCUUUAUGGUCUUCGAAUUAGCCCGCGUCGUUGGUUCGAUACCUACAGGAAGACUUUGGAGGAACUAGGUUGGAAGAUGUGUGAACGGGAGCCGGGGUUGUUCCGUAAAGGCGUUCUUACGUUGAGCGUGUACGUGGAUGACUGUGUCAUGAGUGGUGACACGGAAGAAAUUCUCGGCAAAGAGAUGGGGAAAAUUUUGGACAAAUUUCCUGGAAAAGUGAUCCCGCCGAAAGCGAAACCAGGUGAAAAGGGUUGCGAAGUCUACGACCUCCUGGGGGCCACUCUGGAAUACAACGCAUCGAAAAAGACCAUGAGGAUCCACAUGGCAGAGGCCAUUGACAGAGUUUUGAAGAAAUUCAAUAUGGUUGAUUGUCGGGGAGUUGCUACGCCUGUACUUCCUGGAAGACAAUUGCCAGAAAUUCAGACUACUGAAGUUGAUACUUCUGCACCAGAAACGAGUUUCCCACUGCGAAGCCUCGUGGGUAGCCUGCAAUAUAUCGCUUGUAUGUGCAGGGUAGACAUUGUCUACGCGGUGCAGCGUGUUGCGAGAGAAGUAGUAAAUCCGACACCCCAAGCGGUGAAAGCAGCAAAACGGAUUUUGGCCUACUUGAAAGCAACUCGAGAAAUCGGCUUAGAAUACCCUCCCAAGCAGAUUGCGGGGUUCGCCGGGUCGGGGACAGCAGUUUGUCCAAUUUGCCAUCGUGUUGGAUAGAUCGGAAUACCAAAUGACCUAGUGACGAUCAGAAACACAGCGCGAUGCAAAUCACGAUGUAAAUCUGGUCUGAUGUCAAAUCUCUUGGUCUUGUACAGACCGGCGAUCUGAAAUCCAUGAUCCUCCUCCUUAGCCGUAGCCAUCCUGUUUGUCAUGCAUAUUGUCCAUCCUCUUGAUAUCUCAUCACACCCCUGCAGGUUGCGACUAG